GAGGCACUGACACUGAGGAGUGCAGCUGAAAUGAAAAAUACGAAAGGGGGCUGGCUGGCUAUUGUCUUUUCCAGGGAAUCGAAAUGAUAACCCAGUUUACAGAGCCCGGCUCUGGGUGGGUGUGUGUAAACCGGGCUCCUCCUCUUGUGCUUAUAAGUUUAAGACGGACCAUGCUGCCCACUUGCAAGAACUCAAGGGGUCUGUGAUACUGUAGCAGUGCGAGGGACUGCGGUGCUUUGCAAUGAUCUCUUCAGUGUGUGCCAAGCUGCCUGCAGGAUGUGUCCCCUCCACCAGGAGACUGUGUGUGCUGAAGGUGAGCUCUCUGAAGGCUGUCUGGGUGCUGUACCCUGCGCUCUGCCUUGUCAUGCUGCCCCAGAGGUGCGGUGCCGUGGCCCGGGCGCGCUGCGGCAGGGAGCUGGUGGAGGAUCUGCAGUUUGUAUGUGGAGACCGGGGCUUUCACUACAGUAAGAGUUCCCGCUAUGGCAUUCGGGGUCGAGUGAGAGGGAUCGUGGAUCUGUGCUGUGUCCGGGGCUGUGAUCUACAGCUGCUGGAGGCGUACUGCGCUAAGCCCAAACAGCCCGUGAAACCCACUCCCAAGCCGGGCUCCACGGCUACCCAGCAACUGACCCAUCCAAAGAGACUGGCCCGGGACCUGACCUCCACACACGGCCGGCACAGGCAGAUCGUCUUCAAACAGCACCCCAGUAGGUACGUCUGGGCUUCACAGUUCAGGAGAAUGGAGAGAGUGAAUCCGGCUCCUAAUCUGCGUUUCCUGAUCCUGCGCAGAUCUGCGCAGCAGAGCGAGGUCCUUUUAAAAAGGCUCUUCAGAAAAGCCCGGGCCGGCCGCUCCUCCGCUGGAACCUAGCAGAGUCGAUAUACAAACAGGAGAUGGGUGGUCCGCCACCUCAACGUUGCGUCUUCAUCACUUAGACAGGGUGUAAUGCUUUGACUCUCCUGGCUGCUUCAUGACGUCAUCGUCCUCUCCACCUGAAGAGAUCGAUUGGCUUUUGUGACGUCAGGGGCUGGCUACUAACCAGCCCAGCAAAGACACCAGAGCUAUAGUCCGUCUCUUAUAGGUGUUCGAGCUGCGCCUGUGCAACCAAACUAAUGCACCCAGAAACUCUGAGCUGCCAGCCUCUGUCUUUAUAUUGAUAUAAAAUGUGAAUCCUUCCGCACAAUCUUUUUUUUGUUUUUAACAGCGUUUGUUUGUUUUUUUAUAUUCUUUUCUUACAGCAAAACUUGAAAAGCCCUUUUAGAAAGUAUGUGCACUAUUGAUUAUUUUUAUUGUAUGCUUUUUUUGUAUAUAUAUAAAUAUUUAAACACUAUACUGUGACUUUGUGUAUCAGUGUAAAUAAUGUUCCAAAAUAAAACGAGUGGCAUAUUGAAAUGUUGUGUAGAG